CGCUGUCGUAGCUGCUGCAGAUCUGGUCGUUUUACUCCAACGCGUUUUAAUGCAGGUUAAUCCACAGAUUGCUAUUUAAACGAACGGAGGGAUUCUAAACUGACUUCACCGAAGUUUCGUUUCCAAGGCAGCUGAGAGGAAAGUCUUACAAGUGGAGACGAUAACUGAACGGGCAUCAUGGCAGAAAACAACUUCCCUCCCCUGCCUCGAUUCAUCCCCCUCAGGCCAUGUUUUUAUCAAGACUUCAAUGAGAUCCCAGACCAACAUCGUACCAUGUGCAAAAGGCUCUACUACCUAUGGAUCUUGAACAGCGCCACGCUGGCCGUCAAUCUGAUCGGCUGUCUGGCGUGGAUGUGUGGAGGCGGCGGAGCGACCAACUUCGGCAUGGCCAUCCUGUGGCUCAUCCUCUUCACACCUUGCUCCUACGUGUGCUGGUUCAGGCCCAUCUACAAGGCCUUCAAGACGGACAGCUCUUUCAACUUCAUGGCUUUCUUCUUCGUCUUCAUGGCGCAGGUGGUGAUCAGUAUUAUCCAGACCGUUGGCAUUCCCGGCUGGGGUGUGUGUGGCUGGCUGGCUACCAUCACUUUCUUCAGCACCAACAUUGGAUCAGCUGUGGUGAUGCUGAUUCCCACCAUCAUGUUCACUGCGGUGGCCGUACUCUCCUUCAUCGCCCUCACUAAGGUACACAACUUCUACCGUGGUACGGGGGGCAGCCUGGGUAAGGCCCAGGAGGAGUGGGCCAGCGGGGCUUGGAAGAACCCCCACGUCCAGCAGGCAGCCCAGCAGGCGGCGAUGGGAGCUGCCCAGGGAGCCGUGCAGCAGAACCAGUACUCCGCAGCUCCCACCUACAACUACGACGAGCCCAUGUAGGCCAGAGGAGGGGGGGCCGGGCGGCCGCGGGGGAGAGAUGGAAAGGGAUCAAUUAAGAACACAAGUCAGAAUUAGGCGCCCUUCGUUGUAACACUGUACACGCUGAAUUCAACCAGAACAAUGUAGA